UGUUCAUAGUUUUUGUAUGCGUGAUGUGUUUGUGAUUUGUUAACAUUGUAUAUUAUUAGUUUUUGAUAUUUUUAAUGUUGUUAAAUAUAAUACUAGUGCAGUAUUUUUAUAUAGUGUAAUUAUGUCUUAGUUAUUUGUGCAAUCAUGAAUGCAGAAAUAUAAUUUUUUGGAUACAUAUCGUGCAAGAUGGCGGAGUCGAGUUAUUAUCAGGGCGAAUACAUCCGCCAUCCGGUCCUGUACGAAUUAAGUCACAAGUAUGGACUUCAAACAGACCACGUGCCCGAAUCGGCUCUGCCUUGCAAAUUAGAAGAAUUAAAAGAGCGUGUUAGGCGCGAAAUUCGAAAAGAAUUGAAAAUUAAGGAAGGCGCCGAAAAACUACGGGAGGUUGCCACAGAUAGAAGAUCCCUUUCCGAUGUGGCCGGAAUUGUUAAAAAAAGCAACGCACGUCUGGCCGAAUUAAAAUCCGAAUUACUAGAAUUAGAAUCCCAAAUUAUUUUAACGAGAGGCGGAACGACGGCGACCGGUGCUCCAGAAGAUUAUUGCAAUGGCCAAGAUUCUCCAAUGUCUCCAGGAGUUGGCCAGCAGCCAUCUUCAUCUCCUCAUGAUCCAACGGCAGCUAGGCUGCUCUCCUUAGAAAAACAGCUGAAUAUCGAAUUAAAAGUCAAACAAGGAGCUGAAAAUAUGAUUCAGAGCAUUACUGGCGGACAUCAUUCGAGGGAUAAGAAAUUAUUGCAAGAAGCCUUGCAAAUGCUGGCUGACAGCAAAGCUAAAAUAGAUUUUCUUAAGAUGCGCAUACUUAGAUUUCGUCAAUCACGCCAACAUCACGAUUAUCACACAAAUUCUCCUGGUGGUUUCGACGGACAAGAUAAUAGUAAUGGAAAUCAAUAUCGGGAUCCUAGUUCUGGAGGUCCUGGAAAUCCACAACAACAGUUGGAGCCUCCAGUUGAAGAACGUGUCGAAGAAUUAAGGCAUCGUUUAAGAAUUGAAGCUGCUGUCGUGGAAGGCGCUAAAAAUGUUAUUAGGUUACUACAAAGCGGGUCCAAGGUGGCCGACAAGAAGGCUUUACAAGAGGUUAGUCGACUUAUAAAAAUGCCUUAUAUAAUGUAUAAAUGAUUUCUUACUAAUAAUAUCAUAGCCCUAUUACCAAAAAUAACAAAGUCCGAUAAGUUAUGGUCGUUCUUAAUUAUUUCUGUUAUC